AUGGCAGAGCAUCCCGUCUCUGAGGCCCACAGGGACCGGGAGCACAGCGAGGACAGGAGCUCUCACGCACGUUUCCCGUCAGCCGUGACGGAAAGCCGUGACGCACUGCGCGUUCCCGAGCCCCUGCUGCACGGAGGGAGCUGGGGGACAACGGCGGGCGGCCUCACGCCGAGCUGCCGGCCGUCACACCGCGCCGCCGGACCCCCACCCGGAACCCCCGCGGCCGACGCCACCGUCGCCCGUCAGCCCCUCCCUCCGGGCCGCGCCCCCCGCGAGGCGGUCUCGCUGGUGGCACCGCCCCUCGGCGACUCCCGGCUCCGCUCGGGGAGGGCUGGGGGCUCGCUCGGCUCUGGGUGCGUCACCGCCCGCGGCAGGUGCGGGGUGAGGCGGCGGCGCCGCAGGACAGAUUCUGCAUCCCAGAUGAACUACGAAAAUCCUCCACCUUACUCUGGCCCGGGCCCGUCGGCCCCUUACCCACCCUAUGCCCCACAGCCGGGUGGCCCUCCUGGCCCCUACCCUGGCUAUCCACCCGGACCCGUGGGGCCGUACCCGCCAGGCCAGCCAGGCUAUCAAGGUUAUCCGCAGUAUGGAUGGCAAAAUGCACCUCCGCCUCCAGGACCGGUGUAUGCAGAUGGGCCUAAAAACACAGUGUACGUCGUGGAGGAGAGGCGGAGGGACGACUCGGGGGAGAGCGCCUGCCUGACGGCAUGCUGGACUGCGCUCUGCUGCUGCUGCCUCUGGGACAUGCUGACCUGAGCCGCCAGAGCCGCCGUACCUCUCACGAGUGCUAUGCAGUCUCCCCACUCCUUUCCUGACUCCUUUCUGUUACUGUAAUCAACGCUCUGCUUUGCACAGCCAAGAGUUCCUGUCUGUCAGUCCUAGCGCCUUGUUGGGGUGGGGGGGGGUGCACUCCUUUAUUUUAGUAAAGGAAAAUCCCUUUUUAACAUUUCUAAAACUUUUGUUGUAACUUUGAAGAAUGUGCUCAUGGUGUAUUUCAGCCAAAGGCAUUCUGAUGAAAUAUUUAUCAGUUGAAAUUUUCCUAGUCCUAGAAAAGAAGAUAUACGCAAUAAUUAAAGCCAACAGUUGAUUUUAUUUGCUAAGUCCCAAUUGUUUCAAUAAAUCUGUCCCGUAGAGGGUGUGCUUUCCCCA